CAAUAGGCUCACUAUUGAUCCUUUGUAUCAUGGAUUUAUCACAGUCCACAAUCCAAUCUCUAGUUUAUAAGAUGAAGCAAAAUAUUUUCUCAAACCCAUGCGAUCACUACUCCUUCAUUUCUCCUUCUGCUUAUGACACUGCAUGGCUAGCCAUGAUACCAGAUCCACACCAACCUUCCCAACCCAUGUUCAAGAAUUGCUUGGACUGGGUGCUUCACAACCAGAAAGAAGAUGGCUCUUGGGGAGACUCUGAUGCCCAUGGCAUGCCCACCAUUGAGUGCCUCCCUGCAACUCUUGCUUGCAUAGUUACACUCAAAAAGUGGAAUGUCGGGACAAUUUGUAUAGAGAGAGGGUUGGCCUUUAUCCAUGCAAACACGGAGAAGUUUCUCAGAGAAAUGAACAACGAUUCUCCUCGUUGGUUUGCUAUUGUUUUCCCUGGAAUGGUUGAACUUGCACAUACAGUUGGUGUAGAGCUUUUCUUCCUCCACAGAUCAAACGGAGUGGUAUCAGAGCUAUUCAAUAGGCGGCAACAAAUUCUUGAAAAUGAGAAACUUGAAAAUCUCCCACUUUCAUAUCUUGAAGCACUGCCUGCAUCUUAUGAUAUUGAUGAAGAUGAUAUAAUUAAGCAUUUAAACGACGAUGGCUCAUUGUUCCAAUCCCCCUCCGCCACAGCAAGUGCUUUUAUGGCCACUGGAAACAACGAAUGCAUGGCUUAUUUACUAUCACUUGUUCAAAGAUGUGAUGGUGGAGUUCCAGCAACCUAUCCCAUCGAUGAAGAGCUCAUAAAGCUUUGCAUGGUCAACCAGUUGUUCAGGUUGGGCCUGGCUGAGCAUUUCGUCCAAGAGGCGGAAGAAGUUUUGGCACAAGUUUACAGGAAUUACUUGAAUCAAGAAUCACGGGAAAAACCAAGCAAUUCAAUUGAAGCACAGCUAUUUAAAGACUCGUUAGCAUUUCGGUUCCUACGCAUGCAUGGUUAUGAUGUAUCGUCGGAUAGCUUUUGUUGGUUCUUACAUCAUGAAGAUAUUCGAGAUCAGAUAGAAAAUAACCAUGAAUACUUCUCAACUGCAAUGCUUAAUGUCUAUAGAGCUACAGAUCUUAUGUUUUCAGGAGAAUAUGACCUUCAGGAGGCUAGAUCAUUUUCAAAGAAAUUACUUGAGAAAACCACAUCAUCAAACUUGCGAAGAUUGAUUGAGCAUGAGUUAAGUCUUCCAUGGUUUGCUCGACUCGAUCAUCUGGAACAUAGGAUGUGGAUUGAAGAAAAGGAUUCCAAUAUUCUCUGGAUGGGAAAGGCUUCUCCCCAUAGGUUAUCAUGCCCUCGUAAUGAUGAAAUAGUACGCCUUGCCAUGCAAAACUAUGAGUUUAGGCAGUCAGUAUACAAGAAAGAACUUGAGGAACUGAAAAGGUGGUCUAAGGAUUGGGGUCUUAGUGAUAUAGGAUUUGGUCGAGAGAAAACUACCUAUUGCUACUUUUCUGUUGCCUCCAGCUGUUCCUUGCCUUACAAUUCUGACAUACGCAUGAUGGUCGCAAAGAGUGCAAUAAUUAUUACAGUGGCUGAUGAUUUCUUCGACAUGGAAGGUUCUCUAAUUGAGUUGAAGGACCUCACUAAUGCAGUUCAAAGAUGGGAUGCUAAGGGUUUGAGCGGCCAUAGUAAGAUUAUCUUCGAUGCCCUUGAUAAUCUCGUAAGGGAAAUUGCCACAGAAUACCUCCAACAAGAAGGACGUGACAUAAUAAACAAUCUUCAAGAUAUUUGGUAUGAAACAUUUGCUUCGUGGUUUACCGAAUCCAAGUGGGGUAAAACUGGAAGCAUACCUUCAAUGGAUGAGUACCUUGAAACUGGCAUGACGUCGAUAGCCGCACACACCAUUGUUCUUCCAGCUUCAUGCCUCUUAAACCCAACUUUACCAAUCUCCAAACUCAGGCCAGAACAGUAUGAAAGCAUUACAAAACUCCUCAUGGUUAUCGCUCGUUUGUUGAAUGACGUACAAAGCUUCCAGAAGGAACAAGAUGAAGGGACAAUAAACUCCGUUUUGCUCUACUUAAAAGACAGCCCGGAGGCAGACAUUGAAGAGUCAAUCGCUUUUGUGAGAGAGAUAGUUGAUAAAAAGAAGAAAGAGUUUCUUGAACAUGUUCUUAUGGAUGGAUAUAGUGAUUUGCCGAAACCAUGCAAGCAUCUCCAUCUAUCGUGUUUGAAAGUAUUUCAGAUGUUCUUCAACUCUACCAAUGGAUACGAUUCCAACACUGAAAUGCUUCAAGACAUUAGUAAGGCAAUCUAUAUUCCUAUUGAAGUUGGAAACUCAAAGCGAAUUCUGAAGCCUCUGCCUCGUUGCUCUGGAACAAAGGAGGAAGAUAAUCUGACAACCAACUGUUAUAUCAACCGGCCGCGGCCCUCAACGCAUUACAGGAGAAGUUUUGGAACACCGCGGGUUUCUUGGUCUGCUUCAAGAGAUUAUGGAUAUGGGAAAAUGUUUAUAGCACCAAAAGUUAGGUUUUGUUUCACUUAAUUCAGUCCCCGAAAUCAGUAUUUGCUACCUAUCUCUGGCGCGGCUCUUGCAAAUUGCUAUACUGCUGUCGGUGUUAUAUAUAUGGCGUAUGUCAAUCAAAAUAAAGUUGUUUCGCUUCUGUAGUGUGUCUUUCUUAAUUAUGUCAAUGUCCAAUGUAUUAAGACAAUAUAAUAAUUUCAGGU